GACAACAUCUAUAAAAUACUUCUUUUGUUUAUGGUCCGCGUCUUCUCUGCUAGUUUGUGAGACAACAGUGAUAUAUUUUUUGGAUCUUUUGAUCCGUUUUAAUGGCUGCCUCAUUGCGCGGUUGAAUGGUUGCUUUAAUUUAAACAUGAGUGAUUAUUCUUCUAUGGCUACGCUUCAAAACAAUAGCAAACCGGUGGGAUUUGCGGCUGCUGUACAACGUGCUAGAUUGGUUGCAGCUAAAAUUGAAGGUAGCGGCAGUAAAAGAUCAUUGGAAGAAGGACCAGAGCCAGUUCCGAAAAAACAAGCGGCAAUUGAACCUUAUCCAAUUCAACAACAGCAGUCACAACCACAACAAUCAAUGAGUGCUACAACGGCGGUUGCGACGCGCAUCGUGAACGCAUCAGCGGCACCUGCGCCGCCCUCCGCCCCCCCAAACAUGAUGCCCGACCAGGCCAUCAACGAGUACAUACGGGUGCCGGAUAAGAUGGUUGGACUUAUCAUAGGCCGUGGUGGCGAGCAAAUAACGCGUUUACAAGCAGAGUCAGGCUGCAAGAUACAGAUGGCGCCGGACUCGGGCGGGCAGCCGGACCGACUUUGCACGCUCACCGGCUCACGGGAGGCCAUCACGAGGGCUAAUUUAAACAUUCCUCACAGGGAACUAGUUAACCAGAUCGUCAAUCACCGUGGUCGUGAGAACGCCCCACAGCAUCAAGACAAUCCAGGUGGUGGUAUGCCACCCAUGAACAGGGGAGGCGGUGGUGGCGGCGGGCUUGCAGUUACGGAAGAAAUAAUGCUGCCCGGUCCUAAAGUCGGUCUGAUCAUUGGCAAGAAUGGUAAGACUAUCAAGCAACUACAAGAGCAAUCCGGCGCUAAGAUGGUGGUCAUACAAGAUGGACCUAAUACUGAAUAUGAGAAACCUCUCCGUAUAUCUGGAGACCCGUCGAAGGUGGAACACGCGAAGCAGCUGGUCUUUGAGCUGCUGGCGGACAAGGACAUGCAGCAAGGCGGCAGUGGACCACGACCUUACGAUGACGGAGGUUACCAGCAGGAGCAGGGCAACGGCCUUGCCACCAACUCCACGGAGGUCUUAGUGCCUAAAGUGGCAGUGGGAGUGGUGAUCGGAAGAGGUGGUGACAUGAUUAAGAAAAUCCAGGCUGAAACAGGCUGCAGGGUUCAGUUUCACCAAGAGAGAGACGAUGGACCAGGGGAUAAGAGGUGCUAUUUACAAGGCAAACCUCAUCAAGUCGAACAGGCAAGACAAAUGAUUGAAGAUUUAAUUGCAAGUGUAAAUCUACCUCCACAGUUGGCGAUCCGAUCCGGGCGCGGGCGCGGCGGCGCUCAGCGCAACGGCGGCGAGCGCGACUUCCAGCAGUGGCCCGAGCCCGGCCAGGAGGUGCGCGUCACCUUCACCGUCUCCAACAUCAAGUGCGGCCUCAUCAUCGGACGCGGUGGCGAUGUAAUUAAACAAAUCAACGCUCAAUCUGGAGCGCACUGCGAGCUGGAUCGUCGGACGCAGAACAACGACCGUAACAAUCGCACAUUCUACAUACGCGGUCACCCGGAAGCAGUCGAGCAUUGCAAGCGGAUAAUUAUGGAGAAAGUUGGGACGCCAGUAAAUUUUUUGCCUGACAACGGGAAUGGCGGUAAUGGUGGCGGUGGUGGUAACAAUGGUAACGGCGGUGAUUACUACGGAGCUGCACCUGCGCCCGGCCCACCCGCCUGGGGAUACAACCCGCACUGGCAUCAUCAGCAACAGCACCAGCCACAGCAACAAGUCCAAAUCAAUCCGGCGACUGGUCAACCAGACUACUCCCAACAAUGGAUAGACUACUACCGUUCACUAGGACUAAUGCGCGAGGCUGAAGCGGUGGAACAACAGACUAAACAACAACAACAACAGCAAGGUUCUGGUUCCGGAGGCGCGCCCACUACGCCCACGUCUGCGCCGGCUAGUGCGCAGCCCACCUCGCCCGCUCCUGCCGCAGACUAUAGCGCGCAGUGGGCAGAGUACUACCGCGGCAUCGGCAAAAUAAAGGAGGCUGAGGCUAUUGAGGCGCAGAUCAAGAUUAAGUCGCAGCCGGGCAGCGCGCCGUCGCAGGCCGCCCCGCAGGCCACGCCGCCCAACCCCACGCCGCCGUCGUCCAGCGCGGGCGGCGUGGUGUCGCAGUACGGCCAGUACGGCGUGUACCCGCCCGUGUACCCCGGGUACCCCUACCCCUACCCCGGCGUGCCGCCCGCGCCCGAACACGCGCCGCACCAGCACCAGUAGACGAGUGAACCCGCCGGACCGCCCGAUACGGAACCGAGAAGAUACCUCUCCAUUGUAGAUUAUAAUAAUAUAUUAUAAGCAGCGUAACAUUAAAUCGUAUCACCCACAAUAAAUAAUACGAUUAUACGUUAUAAACAAAAUGUUAUAAUUUGCACACGAAUACAAAUAUGUUAUGUAUCUUUAUUUCUUGUGGGUACUUCAAUAAAUAUUGUCAAAUUCAACUAGACUAUGAGAUUAUUUCACGUCAAACUUCUUUCCAUAUAUAAUAUGAUAAAAAAAAAAUUCACGGCCGUGUGGUACUUUCUUGAUUUUAUUAUUGCACCUGCAUAUACACUCGUAUUGAACGUUGUAAUAUUUUUGUAUAAUUCUGUGCCGAUAUUGAUGAUUGACGUGCCAGUUUGUCCAGGUUUUAACAUUAGAAUGCCACACUGCCUAAAACGAUGUAUCAGAGAGAUCCGACGGAGCAAUAGAAUGAGACAGAAAGAGAAAAAUGAAAGCGUUAUGAAAGAGACAUUGCUUCGCCGCAGCGAGGACUCGAGGUAAAUGCACUGUAUCGAGUGACUAGCUUAUUACACUUUAAAAAUGUUAUCCCACUGUGUAUUACGACAUGUGUAAUAUCAAACUACGAAUGCGGAGACGAUACAGUUUUUUUACGAUCGAUAAAAUGAUCUUUAUAAUAUAAUUCAAUUGUAGUUUUAAUGUAAGCGUAAAACUUAAAUAUAAAACUCCACAUUCGUCGUCUGUCGUACGACGAACUAUGUCUAGUUGUAAGUUAGGUAUCACUGGUUAGGGUGUCGUCGUGACCUCUCUCAACAGCUCAUUAGGUAACUUUAAUUCGUCUUACAGAAUUAUAGAAUCAUAAUUUUAGUAUAUGUAUUUUUAAUUAAUAAUAUUAGCUUUGGUAAUAAAAUAAGGUAUGAAGGGAAGUAUCGAAACUCGAUGAAGUUGAAAGCAAUGUGGAGCGACAGUCACGAUGGAUCAAUCGUUCAGAACGGGGCGUCCCGAUUUAAUUGUAUUAAUAUUAAGAUAUAAAGUGUAUGUUUAUUGA